AUGGUGGUGGUCCUGAUGGAGUGUCUUUCUUCUUUCAACAGGUUUAGUUGGUUGGCUGGAGUUGCUUGUCUUUGCUCUUCUGGCUCGAUCGAGCUCUGGUUUGUCUUGCUGAGUCUUGGUUUCUUCAGCUCGAUCGAGCUCUGGUUCAGGGUUUUGUUCCAGCUCGAUCGAGUUCGGUGCAGGAUGUCAGCAUACUCGACCAAAUCCUCCCCUUCCUCGUCAUCGAUGUCCACAGCGAUUUGGGGUGGGCUACUCUGCUUGGAAUUGUCGCCCACUUCUCAGUGUAACUGCUUGGGCAUACUCUUGUGGUGA